UCGCGCCAGGAGGGAGAGCGUAGAGCUACUGAUUAUCCAGGCCUGGAGGACAGAAGUGGAGGGUGAUCUUCUUGGAUUCGUCUUCGGAGCAGUAGAGCCAGGCCAUCGCCAGAUGAUCAUGUGGGAACUCACGAUCCCUCUUGCGCAGCUUGUCGAUGACCUUCCCCUUGAUAUCAUCUCGCAGUGCGACGAAAGUCCAGUGUCGCACGUCCUUCAGCAAAGACUGACGCCCUACUUGCAGUGGCCAGCCUGCCUAGAGGAUCGGACGGGAGGUGGCAGCUAUCCAUCGAGCACAGAGUACCUGAACCCCCGAGGGAUCAUUGACACCCUCUUCUUUUCGCCCCGAACGGAGGUGGAAGAAAGAGCGGCGGCGGAAGAAGCUGAGGUGGAAGACGAAAGCGAGGAGGAGACCUCGGAAGAAGCAGGGAGCUAUAGCGAAUACAGCGAGGAAGAGUCGGGUGAGGAAGAGGAAGAAGAGGUAGAAGAGGAAAAAGAAGAAGAAGAAGAAAAUCAGUUGGAGGAAGAGGAGGAAUCUGAGUGGGGGACUUUGGGUGAGGAGGCGGAUCGCGCAGAGAUUCCAGAGGAGGACCCCGAGGCGGCACGAAGGAGAGAGGAGAUCACAGCCGGAAAGCAGCCGCUGGAGUUCACAAGUGGUGCGGAUGUGCCGAUCGCGAACGACCCGACCAAGGAUUUCGAGACGCCCGAGAACGAUGAUGGGGACCCUCCUGCCGAGACUUCGAGCGCACCAGCGCGCAGGCAACGGAGCAGAUCCCGAUCCCCAUCCCCCCGUCCCCCAAUUCAAGCACGUGUCGAUGCGGGGCAUUGGGCUUCGUUUCCAGUCAUUAUCCCGCCGUCCCCUUGACUUCCUCAGCCUCCGUCAGAUUACCAUCCCGGUCUCUUUCCCCCAUAACCCCUUCCCUACUGCAACCUUCCACCACUUCUAUGCUACCCGCCUCGCUGUCUCGGUGCAUCCGCACGC